AUGGACCCCAUGGCGUCCUUCUCGUCCUUCAAGGACCACGACAACUCGACCAAGAACGUCUGGCUCAGCGGCAGCGGACGCACGCUCAACUCUGCGCGCAGCAUGUGCAGCAGCCGCAGCUUGACGGCGUCCACCAUUGCGGACUUUGUGCUGGGCACGACCCAGCGGGACGAGAUCUUCCACGCGCUGCACCACGACGCGAACUUGGCUACGAGACGUCUGGCGGUGGACAAGAUCGCCUUCGAGCGCGUGCUGGACGAGAGCUCUACUCGACAGCUGUGGCUCUGCCAGUUCGAGGGCGAGGAGAUCGUCGUCAAGAGACUCACGCCGCCCGAGAAGGACGAGGACGCGUUCCCGGCGCUCAUGAACUUCGUGCGGGAGAUCCAACUCACGGCGUCACUGGAGCAUCCGAACAUCGUCAGGUUCCUGGGUGUUGCAUGGGGCAAGAGUCUCCGCUCGCUGUGCUUUGUCGCCGAGUAUCUGUCGAGGGGGGACCUCGCCACGUUCCUGCGUCGAAGCCGCAAGAGGAGACUGCAGAUGGUGCAGCAGAUUUCGUCGUCGUCGCGCUCGGACGCGUCCGGGGGAUCGUCGUCUUCGAAUACCGGUACGGUGGUGACGGGGCCUUCCCCGUCCCCUCCUCCGUCAUUGCAGAGCUCUGGAUCGGGGUUCACACUCACGAGCUGGAUCGACGACAAGCUGCCGAUCGCUAUCGGCGUCUUGCGGGCGUUGGUGUAUCUCCACUCUCGCCGCCCCAAACCGAUCGUGUACCGAGUACUUCGAGCGAGCAAAGUGGCCAUGAGCGACCGCUUCGAGCCGAAGCUGAUCGACCUGACGCCGGCUGCAGAGGGAGCGCCGCCAGUGGACCAGGAAGAGCUGGCUGCGGGUGUAGGGAGUGCCUUCUGGACGGCUCCGGAGCUGCUUACAGGGGGAGAACCCACCCAGGCCAGUGAUAUUUAUGCGGUCGGGGUGCUGCUGUUCGAGAUCGACUCGGAGGGGAAGCGGCCGUACCAGAGCACGCGCUACUCGCGAUCGGGCGAGAAGUUGCGGGCCUUCCAGGUGCUGAACCUUGUCGCCAGCGGAGAGCUGAGGCCUCAUUUCGCCCCGAACUGCCCAGUGCAAGUUCGAGAGAUCGCGCUCGCAUGUAUGCGCCAGAACCCCAUGCAGCGCCCCACCGCUCGAGAAGUUCUUCAGGGACUGCAGAGUUGCGGCGCAGGCAGCGCAGCGUGA